UCAGGACGUACAAGCUUAUAACAAUCCAGAAAUUCGCGGUCUCGAAAUACCUGCUGCAACAGGUGUAGCUACAGCGCGAGCAUUAGCAAAGCUUCAUUCACUGAUGGUUGAAAGGAAACUGGUGAAAGAAUCAACUCUUAUCAAGCUGAGUACGCCAGCGACUGUCAAUCAGCUCGAUCUGCUUUUGGCUGUGCCUGUUUCUACAGGAAAAGGAUUUUUCUAUACCAAAAAUCCUCAGGAUCAGUGGCUUGUUGGACAUCCGGGAAGGGGCGGCCAGAAUGUCAAAAUGGAUAUUACUAACAGAGUGGCAAUCGCAUAUUUGUGCAACGGUAUCAAGGCAGGAUUUGGCGAAUACACGGCAGCUUACAAGCAUUUGCAGGAUGCGCUCUACCGAUGCCUUGAGGACAACAAACUGCUCUACGAACCACCGCCACCGCCGCCGGAACAACAAAAUUUGGAUGAAAUCAGUGUGGAAAAACCGGAUACACCGGAGGAGAAUGAUUCGUCGCCCACGGCGGAUGAAGCCUCUCAGCAGAAGUCCUAA